AUGCCUCUCAAGAACCUCCUGGCCAUUGCCGGCACGCUGCCGCUCGCCACGGCCAUUGGCUGCCCUCACAUCAACGGCAACGGCAAUGCCAACGUCAAUAUCGCUCGAGCCCAUCCCGAGUCCAUCUUGGAGAAGAGGUUCAGCCCGGACGGCCCCGACUUCGGCACGUGCCCUCGCAAGAGCACCGUUGCUGGAGGAGGCACGCGCAGCAGGCAGUGGUGGCCCUGCGAACUGAACCUCGGGGUACUCCGCCAGUUUUCCGAGAAGUCGAAUCCCUUGGGCUCCGACUUUGACUAUGCCUCUGCCUUUGGCAAGAUUGAUGUCGCCCAGCUCAAGAAGGACAUCACCGCCGUCCAGACCACUUCCCAGGACUGGUGGCCUGCCGACUUUGGCGACUAUGGCCCGUUCUUCAUCCGUCUAGCAUGGCACAACGCGGGUACCUACCGCGCCGUUGACGGACGCGGAGGAGCCGGUCAGGGCCAGCAGCGAUUUGCUCCCCUCAACAGCUGGCCGGACAAUGCCAACCUGGACAAGGCUCGUCGUCUGCUUUGGCCCAUCAAGCAAAAGUACGGCAGCGCCCUCUCGUGGGCCGACCUGUUCGUCUUUGCCGGCAACACUGCCAUGGAGAACAUGGGCUUCCCCACGUACGGCUUUGGCUUUGGUCGCGAGGAUACCUGGCAGUCAGACGAGGGCAUCUACUGGGGUGGCGAGCAGGAGAUGUUCCCCGAGGCGCUCAACAACGUGGUCCGCUACAACGGAAGCACAGACUUCACUGAGCGAGCGGACAAACUCGAGAGCCCACUGGGAGCCGUCAGCAUGGGUCUCAUCUACGUCGAUCCUCGCGGGCCCAAUGGCCAGCCGGAUACCCGUGCGAGUGCUUUGGACAUUCGUGAGACAUUUGGGCGCAUGGGCAUGAACGACGAGGAGACCGUCGCCCUCAUCGCUGGUGGCCACGCCUUUGGCAAGACCCACGGCGCUGUGACGGGAGACAACAUUGGUCCUGAGCCCAACGCUGCCGGCAUUGAGCUGCAGGGUCUUGGCUGGAAGAACAGCUUUGGCAGUGGAAACGCCGACAACGCCUACACUUCGGGUCUUGAGGUCAUCUGGUCCCGCACUCCCACCAAGUGGGCAAAUGAAUUCCUCUUCUCCCUGCUCAACAACAACUUCACCCUCACCAAGUCCCCCGAUGGUGCCCCUCAGUGGGAGGCUCUCGAUGCCAACGCAUCUUACCCCGACCCCUUCAUCAAGGGCAAGUUCCGCCGGCCCACGAUGCUGACCUCCGACUUGGGUCUCCGUGAUGACCCCAUCUACAACAACAUCUCCAGGACGUUCCUCAACGACUUUGACUACUUUACCGAGAAGUUUGGCCUUGCCUGGUACAAGCUGCUGCACCGUGACAUGGGUCCCAUCGCCCGCUACCUCGGCCCCGAGGUCCCCAAGAAGGCACCCCUCAUUUGGCAGGACCCUCUCCCGACGCCGGCUUACACCACUCUGGCUGCUUCGGACAUUUCCUCGCUGAAGCAGCAGAUUCUCGCCGCCCCCGGCCUCAACGUCUCCAACCUGGUCACCACUGCCUGGGGCUCUGCAUCGACCUUCCGUAUCUCUGACAAGCGCGGUGGUGCCAACGGAGCUCGCAUUGCUCUCCAGCCCCAGGUCAACUUUGCUGCCAACAACCCUCCACGCCUGCAGGCUGUCCUCAAGGCCCUCAAGGGUGUCCAGACCAAGUUCCAGUCCAGCGGCAAGAAGGUGUCUCUGGCUGAUCUCAUUGUCCUCGGCGGUGUCGCUGCCAUUGAGAAGGCUGCCAAGGCCGCUGGGCUCACCCUCACCGUGCCCUUUACCCCUGGUCGUGUUGAUGCCACCCAAGAUCAGACCGAUGCCUCCACCUUUGCGUUCCUCGAGCCCAAGGCUGACGGUUUCCGCAACUUCGGCCACGGCACAGCUUCGUCGCUGACUGAGGAGAUCCUUGUGGACAAGGCUGCCCUCCUUACCCUGAGCCCCCCCGAACUGACGGUUCUCAUUGGUGGCAUGCGCGCCCUCUCUGCCAACUUUGACGGCUCCUCCACCGGCGUCCUGACUUCUCGCCCCGGCCAGCUCACCAACGACUUCUUCGUCAACCUGCUGGGCUCCUACUCGACCUGGUCCGUUGUCAACGGCACCAACGAGGAGCUGUUCCAGAGCAAGGACUCGAACGGCAAGGUCCAGUGGACCGCCUCCCGCUCUGAUCUCAUUUUUGGCUCCCACCCUGAGCUGCGUGCCCUUGCUGAGGUCUACGGCUCUUCUGACGCUAAGACCAAGUUUGCCAAUGACUUUGUCGCCGCAUGGGCAAAGGUCAUGGACCUGGACCGCUAUGAUGUCAAGGGACAUAAGGGUGCCUACUAA